GGUGUAAUGCCUUGGGCGGAUCUUAGUUCUGUGUCAGGAAUUCCUCCAUCACAUUCUUGGAGCGCAUUUUCACUUUGUGGACCUGAUACUUUAGUGAUGUUUGGUGGAGAUCUUGGUUCUACACAUAUCAGCAAUCCAGUUUUCAUUUAUAAUAUCAAAACACAGAAAUGGAACAACCCAACAACUACCUAUCAUCCUUCUGAUGAAUUUAGUCGUUCUGUUUGUGACUUGAAGACUGGAAAAAUGUAUAUAUUUCCUGAUCUUCAACACUCUGAAGAUUGGAGAAUUAUUAAUAUUUUGGAUACAAAAACAUUAACAUGGAGAGUUGUUUAUAAUUACAAUUAUCUGAUGCAUGGAAUGAUUGGUUAUACUGUCACUUUAUUACCAAAUGGUAACAUUGCUUGUAUAGGAGGUAUUGAUUCUCAUGGUUCACCAAUAUCGAUGUCAAAG